AUGGUAGUAGCUAAAAGAGACAAGCUUGCUUCUCUGUCUUUCUCGGCUUCUUCCUGUCCAUCCCCACCAUCAUUUUCCUCCUCUUCUUUGAUUGGAGUUUUGUGGGUUGCUCUGCUGAUCCAAUUUCUGCUUCCUCCAUGCCAAGCUCAACCUCAACCUCCAACCCUCUGCAGCCCAAUUGAUCGAGCUUCCCUCCUGUCCUUCUUCUCCAACAUCUCCUCCACGUCAUCUCCUCCAUUAAAUUGGUCCUCCUCUGCUGAGUGCUGCAGAUGGGAAGGAAUUGGGUGCGAUGCAAUCAGUGGUCGCGUGACCCAUCUGGAGCUGCCCUUCAGAGGCCUCGUCGGCACCCUCUCCCCGUCGCUCGCCAACCUCACCCGCCUCUCUCAUCUCAACCUCUCCCACAAUCGCCUCUAUGGAGUCAUCCCACCUGCCUUCUUCUUCUCUUCUCUGCCCACCCUCCAGAUUCUUGAUCUCAGCUACAAUCGCCUCUCCGGUGAAUUGCCAUCCGAUGCUAGCAACAACAGUACCGCUGCUCUUGCCGCCCGGGUUGUGGAUUUGUCCAGCAACAAUUUCCACGGGGAAUUACUUCCCCGGACCCUGUUCAUUCGGCCAGCCAGGAAUCUGACCAUCUUCAACGUCAGCAACAACACCUUCACCGGCACCAUUCCGUCCACUAUCUGCUCCUCUUCGUCCUCGCUGGCUGCUCUCGACUUCUCCCUGAACGAUUUCAGCGGCCCCAUCCCUCCGGGGUUCGGUACGUGUUCGCAGCUGCGGGUUCUGCGGGCCGGAUUCAACAAUCUGUCGGGCUCCAUCCCUGGCGACAUCUACACGAUUAAGUCGCUGGAGGAGCUCUCCUUGUCCGUCAACCACCUUACCGGUCCCAUCAGCAACGCGACGGUCAACCUCGGCCGCCUCAAGACCCUGGAGCUCUUUUCCAAUCAGCUGGUUGGUCCAAUACCUGAAGAAAUAGGCAGGCUGCCCAAGUUGGAAACUCUGCAGCUCCAUGUCAACAAUCUGACCGGCUUCCUGCCCUCGUCGCUGGCCAACUGUACCAGCCUGGUCAUCCUGAAUUUGCGGGUCAACUCCCUCGCAGGCCAGCUUGACGACUUCAACUUCUCCACCCUCCAGCGCCUUACCACCCUUGAUCUUGGUAACAAUGCCUUCACAGGUAACCUUCCCUCCAGCCUUUUCUCCUGCACGUCGCUAACUGCCAUUAGAUUUGCCAGCAAUCAGCUCUCUGGCCAGAUAUCACCCGACAUACAAGCCUUGCAGUCUCUUGCUUUCCUUUCCAUUUCCAACAAUAACCUCAGCAACUUCACUGGUGCUCUGAAAUUUUUGACGGGUUGCAAGAACCUCUCUACUCUCAUUCUCUCCAAGAACUUCUACUUUGAGGCCAUACCACAGGAGGGGAACAUAGUAGACCCAACUCGUUUUCAGAAUAUCCGGGUUUUGGCCUUGGGUGGAUGCAAAUUCUCUGGCCAGGUACCUGCUUGGCUGGCCAACCUCAAGAGCCUCGGGGUCCUGGAUUUGUCCUUCAACCAAAUCACUGGCUCCAUUCCCAGUUGGUUUGGUAGUCUGCCAAGUCUUUUCUACAUGGACUUGUCCAAUAAUCGACUCUCAGGGGAUGUUCCUGUGGAGCUAAUGGAGCUACAAGCCCUCGUACCACCGCAGUUGGUUCAAUCAGUGGAGAAGACUAAUCUGGAGCUGCCCGUGUUUGUUAACCCGAAUAACGCUACCAUUACCAAUCUGCAGUACAACCAACUUGCCAGCCUCCCACCAGCAAUAUACCUGGGCAACAACAGCCUUAGUGGGAGCAUUCCAGAACAGGUUGGGCACCUCAAGGGCCUUCAUGUUCUGGAUCUCAGCUCAAACAACUUCACUGGGAUCAUCCCAGAUGAGAUAUCCAACCUCACUAAUCUAGAAAAGUUGGACCUUUCUGGGAAUCACCUAUCUGGAGAAAUUCCUGCAGAACUAAAAGGGCUGCAUUUCUUGUCGUGGUUCGACGUCGCAGGUAACAACCUUCAGGGCUCAAUUCCUACUGGAGGUCAGUUCGACACUUUCUCCAGCUCCAGCUUUGCAGGAAACCCGGGAUUGUGCGGUCCAGUUUUGCAGCGCUCUUGUCCUGGUUCACCAGAAGAUGCACGUCCUACUUCGCCUCGCAAAAAGAAAGCUGCAAAUGCUAAAGUUGUUGUUGGGCUUGUUCUAGGCAUCUGUUUUGGCACUGGUUUAUUGAUUGCUGUUGUGGCACUGUGCGUACUGUCUAAGAGAAGGAUCAUCCCAGGAGGAGAUAGCGACAAGAUUGAAAUGGAGACAUUUUCCAGUAACUCCUACCCCAGAAUCUCUCCAGACUCUGACAAAGACACCAGCCUAGUUAUGUUGUUUCCCAACAACGCUAGCGAGAUAAAAAACUUCACCAUAUCAGAACUCUUGAAGGCAACCGACAACUUUAGUCAGGCUAACAUUGUUGGCUGCGGGGGUUUUGGACUGGUCUAUAAAGCAACAUUAGCAAAUGGGACAAAGCUGGCUGUCAAGAAGCUCUCAGGAGACUUCGGGAUGAUGGAGAGGGAGUUCAAAGCAGAGGUAGAGGUGCUGUCAACAGCGCAACAUGAGAACCUGGUGUCCCUGCAAGGUUAUUGUGUCCACAAUGGCUUCAGGCUGCUAAUAUAUUCAUAUAUGGAGAAUGGAAGUCUGGAUUACUGGUUACAUGAGAAGACUGAAGGUGCAUCCCAACUGGAUUGGCCUACUCGACUGAAGAUCUUAAGAGGUGCAAGUUGUGGUUUGGCUUACAUGCACCAGAUAUGCGAGCCACACAUAGUGCACCGAGAUAUCAAGUCCAGCAACAUUCUCCUCGAUGAGAAGUUUGAAGCUCACGUGGCAGAUUUCGGGUUGUCCAGGUUGAUUCUUCCGUAUCGCACUCAUGUUACAACCGAGCUUGUUGGUACUCUUGGCUACAUUCCUCCAGAAUAUGGUCAAGCAUGGGUAGCCACUUUGCGAGGAGAUGUGUACAGCUUCGGAGUUGUUAUGCUAGAGUUGCUCAGUGGGAAAAGACCUGUCGAAGUUUUCAAGCCAAAGAUGUCAAGAGAAUUGGUUGGAUGGGUGCAUCAUAUGAGGAGCGAGGGAAAACAAGAACAGAUAUUUGACCCGAUCCUGCGAGGAAAGGGCUAUGAACAAGAAAUGGUGAAAGUGUUGGAUGUGGCCUGCAUGUGUGUCAACCACAACCCGAUGAAGAGACCUACCAUCCAGGAGGUUGUAGACUGGCUGAAGACCGUAGGCUCACUGAGAGAUCAGAACAAGAGUUAG